AUGGAAGUGUCUUUGUACGAGGCUAUUCGUGACGAAACAUCUCUGGAUAAGAUUUCAAACUUGAUUAACGAAGGUGUUGAUUGUAAUUUAUCACAUUUUGAUCCAAACAGUUUAAACUUUAUUUCACCGAUUCAGUUGGCUGCUGGAAAAUAUGUUUACAAAUAUGGUGCACUUCAUCUUCUUUAUAAAGCCCGUAAUCGGCCAACAAAAAUGCAAAUUGAAAAACAUUUAGCAUUCUAUUUCAAUUAUUAUGAUCCAUCAAACAACGAAAACAGUGAUUUAUUUCUUGAAUUCACUAUUUCUCGACUUCUUCAUACACGCAUUAGCCAAUAUCUACCUGGAGAAAUGGAUGUUAUUAAUGUAGCCCUUUGGAAUUACGACAAGGUAUUAUUACAUGGACGAAAAUUAAAUAUUGGAUUGACGUAUGAUGCAUUUCUUAAAGUACGUAUAUAUACGUUGUUUCGAUGGCUAGCCGAGAUGAGAGCCGAUACUUCGUCGAUACAUUAUUCUACAUCAUAUGCUAUUAUUGAAAAUGAAUUAUUACAUCACUUAGAGGCCUAUUAUCUUCUACAUGAUAUUGGACAAAUUCCUGAAGACUUUACUGAAUACAUGGAACCGACAAAGUGUCAUAUGAAAAAAUCAUUGAGACGCCUUCUAUUGCAAUGCUACAAAGACAUUGCAGAAAAUAUCAUCAGAAAAAUCAAAGAACUUCAACCAAAAGAAGAAUAUAUAAUUCCAACUGGUUGGCGUGGCCAUGCCGUUUGUAUUAUAUUUAGACGAACCGAUGGCACUCAUAUCAGUAUUCGUGUUGAUAAUCCCAGUCCGUACAAUCCACAAAAUAAGCACAAGAUUGAACCCAUUAGAUCAGGUGUCCAUCGAAUUCGAUCGAAAGUGUUAGGUCUAUUAGAUGUUGCAAAUUUAGAUAAAAAUGUCAAUUAUUUUAUGUUACUAGUCGAGAGCAUGAAACGAGACUUAGAUGCAAAUACAGGCAUUCGACUUCUUUAUAAUGCUGAUCAUAAGAUAAAAGGUCUCGAUGUGAGAGAUGAUGAAGAAUCACCGACCAUUGUUGAACAAGCAUCUACCAAUUGUGUAGUGAAAUGUUUCGAACCAGGUUUACGAAUACGAUGUGGUAAACAAUAUGAACAACUUUGUGAAACACUACUUAAGCAAGAAAAACUUACAAUCAUUGAAUUGAUGGACAAGUGCAAAAAAUACUGGGAAGAUUAUUUGAGUUAUAAACGACGUUACCAACAUAUUUCAAAUAUUAUUAAUGAAGAAUCUUCACAUAGAUUAGAAGAAACAUUCAUUGAUCUAAAUUUUAAAAAAGAAGAAACACUCAUUCGAUUUGAAGAUCUCUUUAGUAAAUCUCGUAUUCUUAUACUUGGAGAAGCAGGUUCUGGCAAGACGACAAUAUGUCAGUAUGCAGCAUAUUCUUGGGCUUGUGGAACUUUAUGGCAAAAUCGAUUCGAUUGGUUAUUCUACAUUAAAAUGCGCAAUUUAAAUGAAAAUAUCUAUCCAUCGAGACAAGAAAACUACACAUUAAUAGAUAUUAUUAUCAAUGAAUGUUUCAAGGAAUGGACAUUUAUUGAAAUCGAUCGACGUAAACUAGAAUUUCAGAUUACACAAUCAUUAAAGAUUCUUUGGAUUCUAGACGGAUGUGAUGAAAGAAGUAUUCCACCUCAUUUAAGUAAGAUCGAACAAGAACUAUUAAGUAAGUCGAAUCUUCUUCUAACAUCAAGACCAUAUGGAACACAUAGUUGUCACUAUGAUAUGAAAGUUAACAUACAAGGUUUUACAGAUGAUGAUAUUAAAAGUUACAUCGAAAAAUAUUUUUCUUAUCGUAAACGUACUACUACUCAACAAUGCAAAGAGCUCGUAUUUCGUUCAUAUCAAUUACAGAAAGUAGCACGCAUUCCUGUAUGUCUUCAAUUGAUUUGUGUUUUGUGGGACAGUAACCAGAUAAGAGGGUUGGAUACUAUAGAAAAAGCAGGACAGCUCUAUGAGAAAAUGUGUGAAUAUCUUUUACGAAGAUAUCUAUUGAAAUUUCAUCGUUUACAUACAUCUGCUUUAGCAAGUAAAGAUGUCUUUGAACAUUCAAGUGCAGAACCAUUCAGACUAUUAGAGUAUUUAGCUUUCAUAGCUGCACAAUCAAGCACAUUUGCUAUUAGUGGAAAACAAAUUUCGAAUAUAACAGGCGAAUUAUUUAUGGAUGUACUUCAAAGUGGUCUGCUCAAACAGAAAUCAGAAAACCAUUUUCCAGUAAUUGCUGAGAAUGUUUACUAUUUUAUUCAUCGUAGUUUUCAGGAAUAUCUUUGUGCUUGUUAUAUGAGACGUGAAUUAACAUCGAAUUGUGUAGAAAAACAAAAGAAAGUAAUUAGAUUUAUUACCGACCACAAAUAUUUUCGUUGGAUGCGAGAAACAUUUCAAUUCUUCUUUGAUUUGGACCGAUCCAACACUAACAUGAAAGAGUUUUGGUCUGCUAUUGAUUGCGAACCACGUGAUUUAAUUGGACUUCGACAUUUUUCUCGUAUGAUGCAAUGGUUUCUUGAUGGAACUUGUGUACUUGAAAGUGAGGAUAAGACAAACCUUAAUAGAAGAACCAUUGAUGUUAUCAAAAGAUGGAUAUCGAAUAAGGAUCGUCGACCUCAUGAUUCUGCUAAUAUUUAUCUAUUCGACUGGUCGAUUGAUGUGAUUAGUGAGCAGAUUUGGUUGGAUGCAUUCGAAGAAGAUCUCUUUAUUGAGAAUCCAUCAAAACGACGUUAUUUCAUACCUGAAUUAUGGUCAGAAACAAAUAUUCAUGAACUUAGAAAUAUCUACGGACAAAUUCCUAAAGCUGCAAACAAAAUAUAUGCUUUGAUUAAGAAUGGACCUACUGAGCGUGGUCUUAGAUCGUUACAAAUAGACAUCGAUAGAUUUUCUCCACCGAUUUUUCCAAAGCAGAAAAACAUACCUAAAUGGUUACAGGAAGUUCAUAAGAAAGCGAAACGAAACGAAGCAAUUAUGAGAUUAGAAGAAUUUCAGAUAAUUUUACAUAAUUAUUCAUCCUAUGUUGAAUUAAAUCGUCGAGCAACUAUGCUAGAUAUACACACAUGGCCACUAAAGAUCGAUCCAUCUGCUCUAAUCGAUAUUAGUAAAGAAACAUUAAAACUUAUUUUAGAAUUAUCUCAAGAAAAUGCAUUAUUUUAUCGUGAUUUCAACUUGCCGAUUCUUUCUUUUCUUCGACUCUAUGAAAAAUCAGACGAUCAUGAUGAAACUCUUUGUUCACUGAUUGUAUCGAUUGCACUGAACAGUACUUGUAUUGUCACGGCAUCACCUAAACGACCAACUUCAGUUCGUGUUUACGAGCAUGAGAAGUUUGUUGAUAUCGACAUGGAAGAUACCCGUCGAUUAAAAUUACUAUUAGAGUUCGAUAGGAUUCGAAAGAUUUAUGGAUAUUCAUUUGAUUGUUAA